CUGGCUCGCUCCCUCGCGCAGUGGCAGAGAACGCGCCGAGGCGUUCGACUUUCGAGUCGCGACGUACGCUAGCGUGUAUGUCUUCAUUAUUGAUGCAAAACUUCCACGAUGGUUGAUCAUAACGAGAAAUUGUUACAAGAGUUACAAAAAAAAAGUGGAAAUAACGUUUGUGCUGAUUGUGGAGCCGAGGAUCCAGAAUGGGCGUCCUACAACUUGGGUAUUUUCAUCUGCAUGCGUUGUGCAAGCAUCCAUCGAGGGAUGGGUGCUCACAUCAGCAAGGUGAAGCACUUGAAAUUAGACCGCUGGGAGGACUCUCAGGUACAGAGAAUGAAGGAAGUCGGAAAUACUGCGGCCAGGCACAAGUACGAAGAGAGGGUACCGCCAUGCUACAGAAGACCAACAAAGAAUGACUCACAAGUGCUGAUCGAACAGUGGAUUCGUGCUAAAUACGAACGUGAAGAAUUUUGUCAUCCAGAACGUCAAAGUUAUCUGUCAGGUUCAAUGGAAGGAUUUCUGAUGAAACGAGGCAAAGAAGACAGUCGCUAUCAACCCAGAAAAUUUGUCUUGAACGAGAACGAGGACACGUUGAAGUAUCACCAUGCUUCCGACGGCUGUGGCCGUGUCAAGAGUUGUCUCGAUCGGUUAAUCGAUCGUCUCCGUGUCAAAAGCUUUGGUCGUUGGAGAUAUCAUGUGAAUGAAAACAAGGAACCUAAGGGUGUACUACGACUGUCAGAGUUAAAUGUAGCAUUUGCACCUGCGAAAAUCGGCCACAUGAACUCUAUGCAGCUGACCUACAUGAAAGAUGGUACUACUCGUCAUAUCUACGUUUACCACGACGAUGCAGAAAAAAUUAACAACUGGUACACAGCAAUACGUUGCGCCAAACUACAUUUGCUGCAAGUAGCAUUCCCCUCUGCUCCACAAUCGGAGUUACUACUCCGUCUUCCCAAAGACUUUGCUCGCGAAGGCUGGUUGUGGAAGACUGGCCCUAGACCAUCAGAUGCUCAUCGCAGGCGAUGGUUCACUUUAGACAACAGGAAACUGAUGUAUCAUGACGAACCACUCGAUGCUUAUCCCAAAGGCGAAAUAUUUAUUGGCCAUGAAUCUAAUGGAUACUGCAUAAAAGUGUCAAAUACAGGAAAUGGAUGUAAAGAUGCACGUUUUCCUUUCCACUUGGUAACUCCUGAUCGGACAUACUGUCUGGCCGCAACUACUCAUGAGGACCGAGCCGGUUGGCUGGCGGUCAUACAACAAACUAUAAAGAGGCCGCUUACGCCUCAAGACUCUACAAUUGAGGCAAACCUUGUCCGCAAACGCACUACGUCCAACUCCAUCAGCAUAUUCUCUGGAAGGUAGUUGCAUCGUUCCCUUUUAUAUACUAAGCGUAAGGUAAAAAUAUUAUAUUUUACCCUUAUUCAUAUUUCUUCUUGGAGAUAAUUGAUUUUUAAGUUGCUUAUUUUUAUUUGACUAAAAUAUUAUGAAAUAAUAAGAUUAUAUCGGUAUUGACUAGAAAAUAUAUUAAAAACAGUGUUUGUAAAUAGAUGAUACUGAAUAAUUAGAAAUCCAUUGAUAUUUUAAUUUACGGUUAUUUAAUUUCGUUAUUUACGUAGCUCGUUCGUUAUUUUAAGCUUACUACAAUUUUAAUCACCUUGAAAUUUAAUUUUAGUGUAAAUAUUUAUUUUAAUUUUCUUAUAUUAUAAUACAAACAGUGCUGCGACUGACUUGAUAGUUUUUAUUAUGUUAAAUUAUUAAUUUAUGUGUGAAGCUAUUAUUAUAAUAUCGUUAUGAUACCAUAAUAAUACUAUUUUUAAUGUUUAAACUACCAUUGCAUCCAUUUCAUUCAAGUGGCUAUACGCACAAUCUAUAUCAAUAAAUAUGUAAUUGUGAUAAUUAUUAUUAAUAAUACAUUUCAAAAUCUCUUUUCUAUGUUUAAGAUGACGAACGUACCAUGCGCAUGUAGUGUAUGUAUUCAUGUUUAUUGAAAUAGAUCAUAACAGUUUAUCUAUAUAAUUACUUCGAUUGAACGCAUACGCUCUCUUGUUCAUAAUAAAAGACAUUUUAUGUGAAUUUUUAAUCCUACCACGGGAAUACUUAAUGUUUAGCGUAAGUAAGCAAUACACUUAAAAGUUGGGUGACUUUAAAAUUCUAUGAACAUUUAAAGGGGCGCAAUAAUAUUUUGUAUAAUAAGUGUUUAAAGUUAUAUGGGUCACUUUAGUAUAAUGAGAAUACCCUUCUAUUUAGUAUCAUUAUUUAGAUAACAUUCAUAUUAUUAUUUUGUGUUAUGGUGUGAAAUAGGUUACAUUAUCUAUUCUAUUCUAUCACUAAAUAUAUCGUACUUUUCUGAAUUAAGAAGUCUUAUAUGAUAUGCAUAACAAUCUAAUAAAAAUAUUUUAUGAAAUGUAUUAAAAUUACAUCGAGUUAUCUAUGAUAAGUUAGCAAUGCAAUAAUGUAGUGUACAUCAAUUAGUUACUACUUACUUAAUAAUAAUUUUGUACGAAUAGUAGAAAUACUCAACACAUAAAAUAUUAAAGUUUGACGAAAUUAAAUAAUCACAUAAUGCGUUAACGUAAAAUACAGGGGCCUAUGUAUUGCUCCAAUAAUAAUAUCUUAAAAAGUAUUAUACCAAAAAUGUAAAAAAAAACAUCGUCUUCGGAGCUUUUAUCAGAAAUAGUUUAUAAAAUAUUUGCUUUUUAGCAACAACAUAACAUAGCAUAACAAAACUUCAGAAUAUAAUUAUUUAGUUGCACGAUAAAGAUAUGGAGAGAGAGAACUUGGCGUAUAGCCGCAUAUACUACCGUGCCCCCAAAUAUUUAGCAAAAAUAUUAUUACUUACCUAAGUAAAUAAUUUUGUUGUAGCAGUAUAGAUACUAGUUUUAUUGUAUUAGAAUUUUCGUGGAUAUUAAUCUAAAUUUGAUAUGAAUUCUCUUCUUUAUUUAUAUGAUACCUAAGUAGGUAUAAUAUGCAUUAAAUUACCUAUCCUAUCAUUUCAAGAGAACCAAGUGAAAAGUUAUUGUUUAAUUAGUUACCUACCUAUUGAUAUUGGUGCCAAUUCUGACAGCCACAAACUUUAUUUUAGAUUGAUAGUAGUAACUACGUACUAAAGUAGUUAUAUACUUAUUUCCAUUAGGUAACCUGCCUAAAAUAUUAAUUAUUUAACGAUCAUAUUUACGUGUUUAUUUACGAAAUUGCCGACUUUUGCGCAUAGAAAAAUUAAAAGCAAAUCAAACUUCUUGUAGUUUUUAAACCAAUUCGAAAAGCGCGCGUUACUAAAACAGAGACGUGUAAGAAAAACAAAAGACGAAACUACAAAUAAACAAACUAUUACCUAAUUGAGCUAUAACUGAGCUUUAAUUUUAAAUUAAUUUCAAUUUUGAAUUCCUAAUAGAACACAAUAUAUCGAACUUUAAACUAGCCAGUAUUAUAUAACGCCAAUUUCAUAAUUUAAACCCCUGUUACCUACUUACGUAAUAAUAGGUAAGUAGGUACCUACAUAAUUAAACGACCUAGCUUCUUUUACCUAAACUAAAUCAAAUUAGGUAGGUACGUAGGCACCCAAUAAGAUAAAAUAAUUAUUUUUAAUAUUUUGGUAUACGUUUUGUUUGCAAUAUGUAACGCUUUGGAUAAAUUGGACCCAUUUUAUUAUUACCUAUAUUUUUCAUUCAACCAAUUAAUCUUUAGAAAAUUGGGGACACAGUUUUGGAAAUAGGUAGGUACCUAAACUAAAUAUACCUACUUAUGUGAUUUUUUUAUUUAUUAUACACAACAGGUUACAGACAUAAAAGUAUGAUUGAUAACAUUUUGUUUGUUUUACAAUGGACUUUUUAUGAAAUAUUUUGAUGAGAUAAUCAUGAAUAAAACUAUAUUCACCUAUUUUAUAUGGAAAAGUACGUAGGUAGCCUACCAAGGUAUUGCAAUCAAUACCUACCUAAUACGUACGUAUACCGCGUACCGUCAGGAAUAUUAAUAAGUACCUAUUUUGAAGAUUUCAGUUCAGUAAUAGUUAAAAUUCGCCUCCUAAAAUACAGUUUCAACAAAUGAAUGACGAGUAAAGCAAGCGGUUAUAUCAACAUACUUGAAGCUAGGAGACUACCAAAAACGUGGUAGAAUUAUUUGAAUAAUAAUAAUUAUUAUACGUAUACUAUAUCGGAUAAUUAUGAUACAGGACAAAGCUUCAUUAAGGGUAGAGAUAGUAUGAAUAUAAUUCAUGUAAAUUAAAUAGGAAGUAGAAAACCUGAGAGAGUGUUUGAUAGUUUGAAUUUCAUUAGGCUAAUUUUUAUAGUUUUGUACAGUCCGUUCAAUGAAACUUUCCAAAAAUAUUUGGUGAACUAGUAACCUUAUCUAAUGUGAUUUUGAAUUGAUUGUGAAGGCAAUAAAUUAUUUAGCUUUAUAAAUUGUUAAUUCAUCAUCGUACUACAUUGUGACCAAAGUAAUGAAAUUGUUUUAGAUAAAUUUUGAAAAAGUCCACGUUCGAUUCCUAAAAAUGAUUUCAUGACUUUGAACAGUUUAUUUCUUUUUUGGAAAUUUCAUAUUGAAAUGGACUUAGCCUGAAUUCUGAAAUGAUGGUAUUGUAAUCAUAACACUAACUUAAUGUCCAAUUAUUAUUGUUCAUAGGAUAUUGAUCAAGUAAUGGAAAUAUUUUAAACGCAUUAACUUAAAAUAAUAAUUUAAAGAAUAUUAGCAUUACAUCUCUAGUAGAGUAGUAAGUUAGAGAAAGCAUUAUUGGUACUUGCUUUCCUAACUGAUAAAGACGAAUGCCACAAAAGCAAUGUAUGUUUCCUAAGAAAAUGUACAAUUUUUAUUAUAAUUUUAGCUUCAUAAUUGAGCUGCACCUGACUCAUAACAUUUGUAAGGGGUUUACAACUUUAUAACAAAUGCCGUUACGAGAAUGAUGAAGGUGUAAAGACGAUGAUAGCUCGAAAAAAGCUCUCUGAAGUUCAAAUGCACUACCGCAAUACCUAACCUUUUGGCAGAAUAGAGCAAAUUGAUCGUCAAGCAUUUGAACUAACGAAGCUUCAAGAAUUUUAGUUAAGAAAUCUUUCGUAGAAAAAUUGUAAAAUUACAGGCUACGUGUCCACCGCUUUGAAAACUGUUCAACUGAUAAUGUUUUAAAUUUAAUUGCAAUAUGACAAAGUCAAUAAGAAUAUUAUUUUAACUAUGAAUAUUGUUUAGUCUUUCUUUUGCAUGUAAUUUUUCUGGGGUUUCAUAAGCUGGACAUGUCAAGACAACCUAAGUAGUCUUUAGUUGUACAUGUGUUGACGACACGGGUAGGUACAUUGUUUAUUUUCUAUCAUGGAUAAACUAAGUAAAAUAAGAUAGAGUCGCAAUCUGAUAACACAUAGGUAUUAUCACUUACCUUAUCAGACGUUCUUCAAAAAUCAUUAGCAUUAGUUUUAUGAUUGUGCAGCGCGUAACUAAAGAACAAGUGUGUGUAUGAUGCAUGUUUAUAUUUUUAUACAUACAUGUGUUACGUCUUGCCUGUUAUGAACUCUACGUAGCUCAACAUUUAAAAGAAUUGAUACUUCGAUUUCGAUGUCGUACAAAAAUGGCGCCGAAUUCAGUUCAGCGCAUAACUUUCAUUACAGCGACAGGCAAACGCUUUCCGUUAUACAGCCUCAUCCGAAGUUAGUAAGAAGUAAUUUCAGACUGCCUUUUUAAUUUAGCUUACAACUAUUACAGCCUCUUAUUAGUUCUCAAAUUCUCAUAAAUAAUUUCAUGUUGAGCUAUGUGGUUUUGGCGUAAGAUUAGAUCAUGUAAAUAAUAUCAUCCAUGAGUUACUAUUUAUUCUCGUGUCUUGUGGUGGAUGCUCAGCCUUACAAAUCAUGUAGGAAGAAUUAUUUUAUAAUUGUGAAAGUUUUAUUUAAUUAGACUUGUUUAAUUUUAAGUGUAGCGUAAUUAUUUACUUAAAACAAAUUUUACCAAAACAUUGCCUCGCUUAAGUUUUACAUUUAUGAUUUGUUGUAAAUAAUUCAAAUCAAUAUUGUAGUGUGCUCUGGCAUAAUACAUCUUAUACAUUAUAAUAUUACCUAAAGUAAUAAACUUUUCACCGGCUAAACA